AUGCUGGCAGAGCGUAGGGCAGUGCAGGAUCUCUUCUGCAGAGGACAGGAUGGCCUGGAUGCCUGUUCCGAGAAGCCUGGCAGUGGCACUGGGUGCUCCACUGAUGCGGCCGUGGCCUGCUGGUCUCGAGAUCCCACGGUCCGAUGGACAUGUUGGACACGAGCAAUGGUGCCGACAUGGGCCUCCCAUUCUUUGACCGCCAACGCUGCCUGUCAGACGCUGGAGGAUUCCCUAGGCCAACGGAGCUACAGCGGAGCCUGCAGCUUCAAAGUUCCAGGUUUGAGCUUCCCGAUGCCAAGAGUGCCGUCCCCCCGAUCUUGGGACGAAAGCUAUGCCCUCGCCGAGCGGUUGCUGCCGCUCAUGACCCUGGAGGAGAAGCAGCGCUUGCUGCAGGGCAUAGGCUGGAACGGCGCAAAGUUUGAGUUGAACCAUGGGUAUUACGUGGGAACCACGCGCCCUGUUGAUCGCCUGGCUGUGCCGGGUCUGAACUUUCAGGCUCAAGCGUCCUGUGGGAAGUGGGCCAUAGUACUCGUAGCCUAG